CAAAUCCAGAAUAUGUUUACGCUUGUUCUUUUCAUUUUUAGUAUUACUUUCUGCCCAUCAUACCAAACGUUAACAUUUACUGUAUUGCCAUCGAAUGUUACUCUCUCUGAAUCUUAUCUUAAAUUGUCUUGUUCUUCUAAACACCAAAUAUUUCCAAUUAUUUGGAGUCAUAAUGGCAAGGAUAUAGCCGAAAACUGUCGAUUUUACAUAGAAAAUCAUCGUUAUAUAUGUAACAGACUAAAUGAUGUGUAUGAAAUUUAUAUACCGCACGUCAAAUUCGAAGACAGAGGCAACUGGUCUUGUGCCCACGGACCGAAAUCUCAAAGAACUAUUAAUAUUGAUGUUUUGGUAAAAGCAAAUGUUUAUCCACCGAAAUUAUUAACACUUUCAUCUAGUGCAAAAUUGUCUAUCAGUCAAAAUCCUACAAUCAUUAAUAAAGUUGAUACAAGUCGAUUAGAAGAAAAAUCUAUGAUUGGAUAUAUUUACGGUCUAGGUACUUUAAAUAAUCCAAUUGAUUUAAUAAAUACAAAAGCAUAUACAGAAAAUGGAAUUUUUAUUGAAUGUACCACAUCAUGUGCAACAUCAGUUAAAGGUAUUAAUUGGAAGGCGAAGAAUUCAACAUGGAGUCACAAUUUACAUGUACAAUCAGGCAUUAACAAUGAUGAUGAUGAUGAUUAUAUUGAUGACAGUUUGUACAAUCGAUUUCAUAGAUUAUCACAUAAAUCACAAUAUACUGAUCCUGUUUGUGAGGUUGGCUUGAAAUCGGUUAAAAGUCGUAUACAAAUUAAAUGUGCUUCUGGAAAAAGUCAAACAUCAUCCACACUUUUAUCACACACAUUAGUUGGAUUAAAUAAAAUCACUUGUUUUCCGUAUUAUGAUAAAGAAAUAGAGAAUAAAUUGUCCAAAGUAACACGUUACAUUGAUGAACACCAUAAAGGAAUUAAUUCUCAAUUUAUAUUACAUAGUAAAAACAAUCCCUCUGAUGUAACUCAGUCGGAUUGUUUUAUUGAUGAAGGUAAUGGUCUGUCACAAGCAGCUGCUUGUAUCUAUGUUUUAUGUCCAGGUCAACCGGUGGCGUGGUUUACAUUCGGUGAAAAAGUCGCUCUUGGUUCAUCUGCUGCUUUAUUUCUUGUAUUGAGCAUGUUAUUUUGUUAUAUAACACGUCAACGUCGUCGUGCUAAACGUAAAGCAGACAUGUCACCCGGGCAACAACAUGAAAUUGAACUGAUGUUAUGAAAUUUCAACUCAUUCAUAUUUCUAUGUCUCCCGUUUUCUAUGUACAGUGAAUGCAGCAUGGUAUUGAUUUCGAUUGUUAUAAUGAGAGUGUUUCCUUAUAGUUGUGUAUGUGCGUGUUAACUUUAUCUUCAUACAUUGUAUCAAUUGAUCAUUUUUUAAAAUAUUAUUUUGUCUAUUUUCAUGUGAUAUAUUUUAUAUAUGAAUGAAUUCUAGUGUACAGUCAAUAAAAAUUUCGUUUAAUUUGUAUCAUAUUUCUUUUUUUUAUCGUGUACACUUUUUUGCUUUUCAUUUUUUCUAUUUGGUAUUUUAGAAUUCUUUAUGUGUAUGUAAAUGUAUAUCAUGAAUGUAUAUAUAUAUAUAUAUAUAUAUAUAUAUA